GAGAAGCUGGUCCUCGGGAAGGGGUCCGGAUAUUUGGAGGUCGAUGUUAUGGAACUGCUACGGCGUCGGAGUUCUGCCCCCCCCCUCUCGAUUGGAGCAUCCGACGCGAGCCCGCCAAAAGGUGCCUCUUCGUGCUGCUGCUCUCUCGGGCACCUGAUUGUUGCGUUGCCUCUUUAAACUGUAGUCGUGGGGUGGCCACACCAGCACUGGAUCAGGCUUCUGCGCAGCCCUGUGUGUCCCUCGCGUGCUGUCUGCUGUCUUCGAGUUCCCGUCUUCCUCGCCAGAGUAUCACCGUCUCCGCGCAGCCGCUUUUAUCUGGCUCGAUUGGCUGAAGCCCUCUGCAUACCCUGGCAAAGCUGCCGUUUGGCUCUUCAGUACUCGCUCCCAUGGGUCGCGCUGCGGAGCUUCUCCAGCGUUUACCUCUGCAGAGCAAGGGCGAGAAGCGUAUUCUGCUUCUGGGUUUGGACGCUGCCGGCAAGACCACCGUGCUCCAGAAGCUCGCCCCGUGCUCCGAGCAGUCGCCGACGGCGUCGCAGAGCGCUCUGUUCAACGUGGAGACCGUCGCGCACAGGGGCAGGAGUCUGUCCAUGUGGGACGUCGGGUUCGCGGGCCGCGACAAGAUCCGGCCGUUGCUGCUCCCGUUCUACAAAGGUGUCUGUGGCAUAAUCUUCGUAGUGGACAGCAGCAGCGCCGACCGCAUGGCGCCCGCGAGGGAGGAGCUUGAGAAGAUCCUGCGGGUCGAUGACGUCGGAGAUUCUCCCUUGCUCAUCUUCGCCAACAAGCAGGACCUGCCCUGCUCAAUGACAUCGGCGGAGGUAACUGAUGCGCUCGGGCUCAAGACCUUGAACAGGCAGUGGCGCGUCCAGCCGGCGAGCGCCAAGCUGGGCACCGGCCUCCACGACGGGCUGGACUGGCUGACCUCCUCGGUGUUCUCGAAGGGCUCCCCAGUCAGCCUGCCGAAGUUCGCGCGCUCGGGGCAGCCGCUGCUGGACGGCGCUCCGCCAGACGGCUGCGACCCGUGCGCCGUGCCGUCGCCGGCCCGCUCGCGGAGGGCCCCGGGCACCCCGCGCUCCCCGCAGCACUGCCUGGCGGGCUGGAGGAGCCCGAAGAGCGGGAGCCGCUACAUGGGCAUGGACUGACCGACCCCCCGCCCAUUGAUCCAAUGUCUGGAUUUUGUCAAUGCGGGAUUCCUGGAAGUCGCGACCCCUUUCCCAGGGCUGGUUUUUUGACAGUCCCAGGGCCCGGCGCGGGCCUCCAGAGGCCGAAAACGGCGAAAAACCUCCGCCUUGAUUUCUUCGAUGCCUUGGAUCUUUGGGCGUCUAACGCGCAGCGAAGAGCCUAGCGAAGGGCCCGCGCGGCGGAAGCCAGACGCUUUGCGGCGAGGGGUCUCCGGUGCUCGGCACUGGGUUUGGCAGCACUGCCCCAUUGAGGGGCCUGCCGCUGCCGAAGGAGCGGCGGCGGCCCAGCCGUCUCCGGGGUCAGCGCGGGCCGGCCUUCUCGUCCCCAUGGCGGCGCGCACUAGCGCGGUGCCCACACCUGCUCUCGUUGUGGGAAAGUCACGGCAGAAGGGUGGGCGCAGGGUGGGCGCAGGGGUGUGCCUUGCGGGAGGGCGUCCGAGGCCUUUCGUGAGGCUUCUCGGGAGCACCCCCCGCCAACCCUCGCUUGUCCUGCGCGCCGCCAACUCCCGCCUCGCGCUCAGCCAGGGCUGAGUCUCCGCGCGUCGGUGGCCGUGUCCCCUCCCCAUGCUUUUUUGGCGGCUGGGCCUUGAACGAUCCAAGGACAGCUGACAGCUGUGCAGGGCUGACUCCGCGCGUUGCUUGGCGCUUUUGGGUAUUUAGCUAUGGCCUGCUGCGUCGAGGCCUGGCGGGGAUCCCGCCUUAAGCCUCGUCGGUAAUUAGGUAUACUUUCUGGCCGUCUGACGGACUGGCCACGCGGCAACCCCGCCGAUGUAGCGUGAUGUUUUUUGAAGCGGCUGCUGCACAGGGUAGCAGCCCUUCGAUGCUAAAGUCUGAGGAGCGACAGUUCUUCGCAUUUGCAUGCUGUAGGUAAUUCAGUCUCCCUUCAGGCGCCGGAUCGUUUCCAGGGGUCUUGGGAGGAAUUCAAUGUUGUGCUGCUAAUGUACAGUGAGUUUUGGGGCCGCGCAGCUGGGAUGCUGAGCGCGGCAGCCGGGCGUCUCGAUGCCGUCCAGCCGAGCAACAUAGAGCAUUACAAUUCCUCACCCCUCGACGCCGCAGCAUGCGAUCGCCUCCUGCGAGUCCGGAUGUCCACCACGACGGUCUCCGGGGCCCUCGUGGGCCUCCUGAGCCCAGGGCGGCCCUGAGGCCGUCGAGCGUUUCAGUGGAAGCCAUCUCGGUCCAGCCAG